GACAAGCCAGUCAUAUCUUCUCCCGUCGAGUAACUUCAGUGCCCAUACAGCACAUCUCUCUGUCUCUUCCUGCCCGCUUCAGUUUCUCGUACCUUUGCACCACCACCGGGGGUUCCGCCGGAACGCUCGCCGAGAGAAGAGCGCCAUGGCCCGCGUGGUGGUUGAAGGGAUGCCGGAGACGGCCGUCGGAGGAGGAGUGAUGCUGAACCGACGGAGGAGCAAAGCCAAGCGGAGAAAGCGAAAGGAGUUGUUCGCCAUCCAGAUGUGCUUUGCGGGGGUACUGCUGGGGUUCGUCGUGGGGCUCAAGUCCGUGGCACAGAAAGCAGGAUAUCAUGUUUCCAGCUCGGUGGUUGAGGAGGGCGCGAGGUGGGAGAGUCGUCACCUUCUACAGGAAGUGUAUGACAAUGAGUCAAAGCUCUACUCCGAGCCUGAAAAAAAUUGCACAGAACCAGCAAUCCAUGAGUUCCCCAGAGAUUACUUCACCAACCAGGAGCGUGUUGAUGGAGCAGUGGGUCUGCACGUCCUCUGUGCGGUCUAUAUGUUCUAUGCCCUGGCCAUGGUGUGUGAUGACUACUUUGUCCCCUCUCUAGAGAAGAUAUGUGAGCGUCUUCACCUGAGUGAAGAUGUUGCAGGAGCAACCUUUAUGGCAGCAGGCAGUUCAGCUCCUGAACUAUUCACCUCUGUCAUUGGAGUUUUCAUCACCAAAGGUGAUGUUGGGGUCGGCACCAUUGUGGGCUCAGCCGUCUUCAACAUCCUCUGCAUUAUCGGAGUGUGUGGGAUAUUUGCCGUACAGACAAUCCGUCUCACCCGCUGGCCUCUGCUCAGAGACUCUGUGUACUACACCAUUUCUAUCUCUGCUCUAAUAGUGUUCAUAUAUGACGAAAAAGUGGUUUGGUGGGAAGCUCUUACAUUGAUUCUGAUGUAUUUCGUCUACAUUUUGAUCAUGAAGAUGAACUCCCAUGUCGUUCGUUUUCUGGAGAGGCGUAAGAAGAACUCAUCCAGUUUGAGGAAUGGAGCGGCUAAUAACGGCGAGCUAGAUGAUGGCUGUGAUGCUACCUCUGUUCUACUGAAGAAAGCGAACCACCACAGGAAGACAUCGGUGUUGAUGGUGGACGAGCUUCUGUCGGCGUACCCCCACCAGCUGUCCUUCUCCGAGGCCGGCAUGAGGAUCAUGAUCACCAGCCACUUCUCCCCGCGAACCCGCCUUACCAUGGCUUCACGAAUGCUCAUCACUGAGAGGCAGCGUCUGAUCAACACACGGACUCUUACCAAUGGUGACUCGGAUGUUCCAGUGAAAGGAGGAAGUAGGCGGGGCAUAGAGAAUGGGCUGUCUGGGGCUGAAAGGGGUGUUAGUGUUCGCCAUGACGACCGAGAGGCGGGCAAUGAGACGGAGAACGAGGACAACGAGAACAACGAGAACGAUGAAGAGGAAGAAGAAGAAGAUGGAGAUGGACCCUUAGUGCCCUUCCAGUGCCCAGCGGGUAUGUGCAACAAACUGAAGUGGCUACUGGCCUGGCCUCUGUGCCUGCUGCUGUACUUCACCGUCCCCAACUGCUCCACGCCUCGCUGGGACAACUACUUCAUGCUAUCCUUUGUCUGCUCUACCCUGUGGAUCGCCGGCUUCUCCUACAUCAUGGUCUGGAUGGUAACAGUGAUAGGCUUCACACUCGGUAUUCCAGAUGUCAUCAUGGGCAUCACCUUCCUGGCAGCCGGCACCAGUGUCCCUGAUUGCAUGGCCAGCCUAAUAGUGGCACGACAAGGAAUGGGAGACAUGGCGGUGUCCAACUCCAUCGGCAGUAAUGUGUUUGACAUCCUGGUGGGGCUCGGCCUCCCCUGGGCCCUCAAGACUCUGGCUAUCAAUUACGGCUCUGAUAUCAAGCUGAACAGUAAAGGCCUGAUCUUCUCUGUGGGGCUCCUGCUGGCAUCUGUGUUUAUGACUGUCCUGGGAGUUCACCUAAACAAGUGGACACUGGACAAGCGCUUGGGUUUCACAUGUCUCCUCCUCUACUCCAUCUUCCUGUGUUUCUCCUGCCUCAUCGAGUACAACAUCUUCACCUUUGUCAACCUGCCCACCUGCCGGGAUGACUGAAGCACACACACAUGCGCGCGCAUGCACACACACACACACACACACACACACAGAUAUUAUAUGUGCACAUUUACACUAGGAGUGAUGUUGCAGGGAAUUCUAAGUGAAGUAUUAAACAGAUGGUGGUUUCCGACGAUAGAAUGCACAAAGUAUAUUUUAAAUCGAAAUGACACCAAGCAUUAUUUCUAAAUACCAUCUGACAGCAGUCUGAUUCACACUCUGUUUUCUGCUUUUAUUCUCUUUUGUGAGGAGACGUCCCACUCUGCUCAGCUUUGUUUCUGAAGCCUGUCUUUCUGCUCAGUGCAAUAUGGAGUUGAUGUUUGCUCACGACAGGAGUGUGGGAUUGAUUUCAGGAGCAGAGAAAAUGACUGACUCGUUACAAGCACAGGACAGCACUGAGGACAGCCACAACAACAACAACAACAACAAAGAAGUCUUUGUCCGACUACUGCUUGCUUCUGACGUGAGGACCUUUAUUUUGAAACUCCCAGUAUUUAGAUGUAGAAGUGGUCAUGUUUACUAGCUGCUAUCCUUUCCUGAGAGGAAAGGCAGGUCUUUUAGAUCUACUAGAGAGUAAUAAUUCUAAAAGCAAUGAUGUAAAUGGAUGGGUGGGAGGGUUGUAGGUUAGGGCUGUGGUGCAUAAUGUUUGAACAGAGUAAGGGUCAGAGUGGAAGUGUUCAGAACAGAAUCUGUUAUGCAGAUGAGCACAUUUUCCAAACGCCAUUAUCUCUAUUUAGAUUUCCAUUAUGUUGUCAUAAUUAAGUCUAUAGUUUGCUCAGAACAUUUCCACACAUACAGCUAUAGUUCUUGGGGGAAAGUACCUAAACCCCCCUGCCUGCAUAGUAUCGGGGCAUUAUUCAGUCACCUUUUUAUAAAUUAACUUCAAUAGCAUCACAGUUGUAGCUUCUAUGUUUUGUACUGGAAAGUAAUUAGCUUUAUGGAGAGUUUUUGUUUUCCUUCUGUAAAUAGCGUCCCACUGUACAUACCCCCAGAUGUCAUAUUUAUUAUUUAUUCAUGUCAUACGCACAUUUCUCCUCUGGAGGUCACGAAGCACCCGGGCAGGUUUUAUUUCUGGACCCGGGGGUUGCUGAAAUUCACACCUAAGAUCUUUUCAAAUGACCACUCGUACAAACAAGCACAAUUUCCUCUGAAAGUGUUUGUCUUGUUGAUUUGACUUGAUUUAGUUCUGUUGUGUGUGUGUGUGGAUGUUAAAAACAGACUUCAAACUUGCACUGAAGAGCUUACACUAGCUUCACAGGGAGACUGUAAGUGUUUCUCCUCCUAAUGCAUGCUGAUUAUAAGGAUAGCAUCCUUGUAAAAUGAAGCACGUUUGUAUGAAAUUGUCACGUCUAGGUUUUAACGAGGCAAAUGUUGUGUUUUGGGGGGGAUUGUUUUGGAGAGGUGUCAUUGUCUGCGCUGCCACCUAUGGACAGAGACUAAUGAACUGCUGCUUUUUGUUUUCUCAAACAUACCGACCAAAUAGACUGAAAACAGUGGUGGCAUUAUUUAAAGCAACAGCCGAGCAUGUUGGACAAGGUACUUCCUCUCUGGUGGAUGGAUGUCCUGCUUCACUCCUCUGUGUUCUCAAAGAGGAAGUGAGGUAUAAAUGUGGUAGUAUUGUAGGAGUAGAGUAAUGAUGCAAUAUAAAGCAUCAGGACUUUUAUCCCAGCUCUAAUACUUCAAGGUUGGGGUUUCAACUUAUUUUUAUCCAGGAGUUCUUUGUAUUUUGUAAUGCCUAAUGUCUAGAUUUGUCCAGAUAUAGUAGGUUUGUGGUACAUAAAUAUUCCUACUAGUUUUUAGAGCAUGUACAAUGUGGUUCGUGAACCCUCCGGGGGAUUUUUAUUCCACUGCAGGAAUCGAGGCACGCCGGCAAAGUCACACUAUUCCUCAAAGACUUCUACCACUGUAGAAAUGAACACUUUGCCUGUCAGAGCCUGUUGAUUCUGACGGUAUCCAUCAAAAUGUCAGCUGUUCCUCCACAAAGGUUCAUUUGAAAUGUCAUGUGUUCUACUCAUUUUUUUUAUUCAUUGAUGGAAGACAAUUGCUAAAACACAACUACGUCUAAUUUUUUUCAGGUACAUUUUUAAUUUAUUGAUCAGUAAUAUAAACUAUCAAAUCAGAGAAAUAUUGUCUUUCGAAUGUACAAAUAAUUAAUUUUGUUUGUUGUUGUUUGUAAAUCAUACAUAUUUAUUUAUUUCAGAGACACAGGCAGAGUAUUCUGUGCUAUGACCGGAAAACAGGGUUUAAAUGUUUUGAGUCUCAUGUAAUGCAAUAACUAUGAGCUUACAAAUAUGUAAAUAUACCGCUUUAAUGAUCAAAGACAAAUUUAUAAUAGAGUUUAACAUGAUGUAUUCAAAUAGUCAAUGAUGUCUUUCAAUAUGUGACACUGUAACAGCAUUGUUUAUGAAGUGAUUUAUCAAUGACUAUACACAAUCAAAACCGGACUGUUAUUCAUAUACUGAGCCCUACAACUUUAAACAUUAUCAUGGUCAGUUCAGCAUAAUCACAUUAAUGGUACGCUGAUUGUUACAAUGGUCAUCAGAUACUGUAGAUUCUAGUUACAAUAUCUGCGUAAAUGGAGACCCUGAUAUUUAGAAUCUGAGGUAGUCAUUUUCUUCAUCACUUUAAGCAUGUCUUGUAAGGACAGAAAUGUUACUGUACCUCAGUGAUCAAAGACACAGCUUUUAAGUGUUUUCUUUAUAAGUCCCAUCUUUCCUGGCAAUUUCCCUCAUAGAACUAUGUAAUGUGGUUCUAAUUAUAGAGAAAAUAGAGAAAUAUAUAGUACAAAGUACAUAGCUCAUAUCGGGGAACUGUUACAUAGGUGUAUGGAGUUUACAAGCAGUUGCUGAUGUAUAAGAAUAUAUGGAAGCCCAUUUCCACCAGAAAAAGAAAAAAAAACAUUAAAUGUAACAAAAAUAAAAAUAAUCCUCAAAGUAAUAUAAUACUGAGUCAGUGUUUGAAUUUGUAAGUUACAAUUAUGAGCUUUAACAAAGUUGACAUCAUGAGAUAGUAAGUCAAAUUUAUGAGGUAGUCAAAAAUUUGAGAAUGCGCUAAACUGAUGCCAAAUAAUGAAAUACAAAGUUGAAAUUAUGAUAUAUUUUGACUACAUCAUUAUUUUGACCUUGAUGCUAUGAGAGACCAUUUCUGUCACAAAAAAACACAAAACAAAUAUUAAAUGUUACAAGAUUAAAAAAAAAACAAAAAAAAAGUAUUGGUCAAGGUAAUACUGAGUCAAAAGUUUGGUGGGUAAGUCACAAUUAUGAGCUUUAACAAAGUUGACAUCAUGAGUUAAUAAGUCAAAAUUAUGAUGCAGUCAAAAAUUUGAGAAUACAUUGAAUGACUUUUAAGCCACAUAAUAGAAUACUAUGUUGAUAUUAAUAUAUUUUUGACUAUAUCGUAAUUUUGACUUUGAAUAUAUGGAAGCCCAUUUCUGCCAAAAAAAAGGAGAAAAAAAUAUAAAACAUUAAAUGUAACAAAAAUAAAAAUAAGUAUUAGUCAAAGUUAUGAGAUAUUCAGUCAAAAGUUUGACUUUGUAAGUUAAAAUUAUGACCCUCAGGGGCGUCAGUGGCUUGGUGGUAGAGCAGGCGCCCCGUGGCCCUUUGCUGCAUGUCACUCCCUCUCUCUCUCCCCCCUUCACGCUCAUCUGUCCUAUCAAUUAAAGGCUUAAAAAUGCCCAAAAAAAUAUCUUAAAAAAAAAGAAAAAAAAAAUGUAUGACCCUCAAUAAAGUAAACAUCAUGACAUAGGUCAAAAUUAUAAGGCAGUCAGAAUGGUUAGUAUGGAAGUCAAAACUUUGAAAUACUAAGUUGAAUAUUAAUAUUUUUUGAGUAUGUCAUAAUUUUGACAUUGAUGUAUGGUCUGAAUCUGCCAGAAAAAGAAGAGAAAAAAAAAUACAAAAAUAAAACUAAUUUAGUCAAAGCACUAAGAUCCUGACUCAAAAGUUAUACUUGGCAAGUCACAAUUAUGAGCUUUAACAAAUAGUAGGGCAAAAUUAUAAGGUAGUCAACAUUUUGACUUUUAUGCAAAUCAUGAAAUCAAAAUUAAUAUAUUUUUGACUAUGUCGUAUUUUGACUUUGAUUUUGGCUAACCCAAUUUCUUUUAUUAUUGAGUAUUAUAAUUUACCCUGACUGAGUAUUUUUAAAAAUCAAAAUCACAAUAUUAUUUUGAAUAAAUGAUGUUUGACUUUCAAAGUCAUGAAUUUGAUUCAAUCAAAAUUUUGACAUAGUAUCUUAAAAUGUUGAAUUACUUGGAGUUAUUUCAUAUUGUCAUUCCUAUCAUUGCAUUUUUUUUCCUGGCAGAAAAAUGGGCUUCCAUAAAUUAUCUGAAAGAACAGCUAAUAUCUUAAUGAAUGCAAAGCCUGACAGAGAUCCAUCAAUCCUAAGUAAAAAUUCCUUUAUAAAUGAAAACUAAAUGAAACGUAUAUUAUAUUAAACAUAUGCUUGCCUUUGACAAAUUAAGCAUUUUUGCAUAUUCACCUGACCUGAUGUUCCUUACUUUCAGACUUAAGGCUAAGCUAUAUUAGCAGUAUUGUUGGAAAUGUACCAACCUGAGCACAGUCUUUGUUUUAAUUAUAACUUUUCCAAAUUACAUAGUUUACAUAGUUUAGAUCAGUUAUUUCCAGGAAAAUGUUAGGAAAUCAUGGGACCAAUGAAAUAAAUUGUAUCUCUCUCAAAUCCCCAAAUGCUGAUGACUGUUGGUUUUUGGAAAAUCAACACUGUUCAGUUUGAAAUCAUCAACAGUUGGUGCUUUUAAUGACGUGGAGAAGUGGAUCUUUAAGCAUGUGUACUGUAGCAUUCCUAGCUUGGAUCAGUAUCUAUCACUAACCACAAGCUCAUCUCUGCUCAUUCUUGGUAGGGUGACUAAGAUACAGAUAUUUACACUACAGUACAUCACACACUAUGCUGGCUGUUGGAAGAAAAAUCACUGAAAUCACUCAGUCGUCCUUUAAUGUUUGAAGUAUUAUCACUAUCUGUAUAGCCCAGGGCAUUUUUCCCACUUCAUCAUAUUUAUCAGAAAAUAUCUGUAGCAUGCACUUUACCAUUUAACAAUUGAUGCUACAGAUUAUUUGGUUCAAUACAUUCUGUGCUGCUAUUUACCUGACACCUAAACAAAGGGUACUAUGUCUUUGAAACUAACUACCACAAAGAUGCUCACAUUUUGAAAAAAAAAAAGCGUCUUGUAGAGGAGAUUUCUAAAUAAUUUGUGAUAUUCACAUGGGUGAUAUUGCUGAUGUACAUAUGUAUAUAGAUAGGUGUAAAUGUAUUUAUAUAUUUUUUGUCUCAAUCUGUAUAUCUGUUGAAUAUAUUUUCAUAGAUCCUAGGUCUCCCUUGUACCCCCUUUGAUGUGUUUGAGACCUCUAAAACUAUUGUCCUUUGUUUAUUUGCAUGGAGAUAUUUCAAUAUAAUAAAUUAUUUAUGGCAAAUCUUAAUGUACUUUGGGAUGAGAGUCCAAUGAGUUUUUAGAUGACACUGGAUUUAGUUUGAACUGGAUAUCCUAGGGGACUGCAUGCUGUUGCUAGUACAGGAUAUGAGAUGGAGAGUGAGAGCAUUUGCAGACGAUACGUUUCUCUACAUGUCCAAGCUUGACCUCUUCAUACACAAGAAACUUUUCAACAGAAUGGUUUACUUUGUGUUUAGAUGUUUCAAAUGUAAUUAUAGAGAUAAUUUUGCUACCUGAGCAUUAAUAAAGUUGUCUUUGCUUAAGGUAACACAA